AGUCUCAAUCUUGCCUUAAUGAUGUUUCAGAGACUGAACAAAAUGUUUGUGGGUGAAGUCACUUCUUCUCCCAACCAAGAGCCAGAAUUCCGUGAGAAAGAAGAUGACGAAUGGAUCCUUGUUGACUUCAUAGACACGUGCACUGGCUUCUCAGCAGAGGAAGAGGAGGAGGAAGAUGAUGACAUCAGCGAAGAGUCUCCAACAGAGCACACGUCAGUCUUCUCCUGUUUACCUGCAUCUCUGGAGUGUUUGGCUGACACCAGUGAUUCCUGCUUCCUCCAGUUUGAGUCCUGCCCCAUGGAGGAGAGCUGGUUCAUCACCCCUCCCCCGUGUUUUACAGCAGGUGGAUUAACCACUGUCAAGGUGGAGACAAGUCCUAUGGAAAACCUUCUCAUUGAACAUCCCAGCAUGUCUGUCUACGCUGUGCACAGUUCCUGUCCCGGGCUCAGCGAGGCCAGCUGU